CUUGACACCGUAGUGCAACGUUAGCUAUGGAGCAACAACACAGUUAGAGCUGUGUUUUUAUGUCACAUUAGCCACUGACAGAAUGAGCUAAAAAUGGACACGUUGACGACAGACUCGUCUGCGGCCGAGGAGGAGGAUGAAUGUUCAGACUCAGAGGUUUUAUGUUUGAUGAGAGUCGGGAGAAAUUCAGACUGGCUCCGCUUGUACGAAAACACUGAGAUCACUGUAGGACGUGGAGUGGAUGUAACCCACCAGCUGUUGUCUCCAACAUGUCCUCUGAUGAUCUCCAGACUGCACUGUAUUUUCAAACAAAGGGAAGAUGGCCAGUGGACGGUGACAGACAGGAAGAGUCUCAACGGUGUGUGGGUGAAUGGAAACCGCAUACCUGCUGAAGAGGCCCAUCAGCUGAGGCUGGGAGACUCCAUACAGCUCGGGGUCCCUGUCAUUGGAACCAAAGUGGAGUUCGACUACAUCCUCGUCCAGCGGCCCCUCAAAGACAUUAAACUCUACCUGACAAAGGGACACAAAGAGGGUGCUAAAGCUGCCCACGUUCCCAAGAAGUCUAAGAGGAAGUUGACGGUUGAAGAGGUUGAGCCGUCCACCUCGAAGCCCAAGCUGUACCGCUGCUCCUCUGCAGACAAGUCGUUUGCAAAGCCCUGCCCACUGUCACCGGUGAAACGCCAGCAGAGGCUCAGUCACACCCAGCCAGAGGAGACUGGAUCCAGCAGACAAGUCCGGGAAGUAGACCAGCCCUCAGAUGGCUCUAGUGUUCUGUGUGACAUGGACAACUUGCAGAUGUACAGCCAGAACAUCCUGAUGCUGAGGGAGCAGGUGGACGACACCCAGAGGCAGGUCGCCUCGCUGGGCGGAGAGCCCCAGCAGGCAGACCCGCUCAGAGAGGAGCACGUCAGGGAGCUGCAGGGUCAGCUGGAGGCACUCAGAGCCAAAAUGCACCGGAUGGAGACCUUAGAGAAGUCGUUUAGUGAAACCAAGAGGCAGCUGGAGGCGGAGAAAACGCAGCAACAAGAGGAGCUUUUAAAGAAACAGUUGGAUGAGGCCUUGCAUGAGCAAAAGAAAGUAAUAGAUGAACUCACCCUUUCUCGGAAAGGCUUUGAAGAGGUACUCUUGGCCAAAAACAAAGAGCUCGAAGUGACAAAGGAGGAGAAAGAAAAGGCUCGGGCCCAAAAAGAGGAAGUAGUUACACAAGUGACUGAAGUUCUGGAGAACGAGCUUCAGUGCAUCAUCUGCUCUGAGCUCUUCAUUGAGGCUGUCAUCCUGAACUGCGCCCACAGCUUCUGCAGUUACUGCAUCAAGCAGUGGCGUAAAAAGAAAGAUGAGUGUCCCAUCUGCCGACAGAGCAUCCUCUCCCAGACCCGCUGCCUGGCCCUGGACAACUGCAUUGACAGCAUGGUGGAAAACCUGAGCCUGGACAUGAAGUCGAGGCGGCAGACCCUCAUCACUGAGAGGAAAGAAAAGCAACCUUGUGAUCGUGAUGUCAUCCACUCAGCAGCUGACUCUGCUCAGGUGAUGGUGAUCCACGAUGACGACAGCAGCAGGAGCAGCAGAAGCAGCAGCGACAGCGACGGCAGCAUGGUGUCCAUAUACAGCACCCUGAGCUCUGUGGUCUCCGUGGACACGGACAGCAGCAUCCACUUAGACUCCAGUCCGCCCUACAGUGGCUACUCUGAUGAAAGUCCUGAUGAGUUAGAGGAUUAUUAGCGCUUCUCUCCCACAGGCUGUGAUGUACAUUGGACUUUUUUUGGUGUUGAUGUUUGCAUUUUCUUCGGAUUGUUCCAGGAUGGUAUGCAAAGUUUGGUCUCAUCGUGAGUCCGGUAACCAGAUUCAGCGAGGGUUUAUGUUUUACUUUUUUGUAAAAUGAUUAGUUGACUUUCUUUAUUUUCAACAAAAGGAAUAAAGUUUCUUCCUAUGCACUCUCACA